GCCAUGUUGGCGGAAGCGAGCCGCGCAGAGGGGCGGGCCGCCGCGUCCUGGCCUGGCCCGGCUCGGCGCUGAGGGGCCGGCGGGAUGGAGAGGCGCGGGAUGAGCCUGCCCAGCGGGCCGGACGCGCUGUGCUUCGACAAGGACGAGUUCAUGAAGGAGGAUUUCGACGUCGACCACUUUGUGUCUGACUGCAGGAAGCGGGUGCAGUUGGAAGAACUGAGGGAUGACCUGGAGCUGUACUACAAGCUGCUUAAAACGGCCAUGGUGGAGCUCAUCAACAAGGACUAUGCCGACUUCGUCAACCUCUCCACUAACUUGGUUGGCAUGGACAAGGCCCUCAAUCAACUUUCUGUGCCUUUGGGACAGUUACGAGAAGAGGUUCUGAGUCUUAGGUCAUCUGUCAGUGAGGGAAUUCGGGCAGUGGAUGAACGAAUGUCUAAACAAGAGGACAUCAGGAAUAAAAAGAUGUGUGUGCUGAGGCUUAUACAAGUUAUUCAGUCUGUUGAGAAAAUUGAAAAAAUAUUAAAUUCUCAAAGUUCUAAAGAGACAUCUGCCCUGGAAGCAAGCAGCCCUCUGCUGACUGGACAGACCUUGGAGAGGAUCGCCACAGAGUUCAACCAGCUGCAGUUCCACGCCGUCCAGAGCAAGGGCAUGCCUCUGCUGGACAGAGUGAGGCCGCGGAUCGCCGGCAUCACAGCCAUGCUGCAGCGGUCUCUGGAGGGCCUCCUGCUGGCGGGCCUGCAGACCUCUGACGUCGGCAUCGUCCGGCACUGCCUGCGGACCUACGCCACGCUCGACAAGACGCGGGACGCGGAGGCCUUGGUCGGCCAGGUCCUGGUGAAGCCCUACCUAGACGAGGUGAUUGUGGAGCACUUUGUCGAGUCCCAUCCCAACGGCCUUCAGAUCAUGUACGAUAAGCUCCUGGAGUUUGUCCCCCACCAUUGCCGCCUCCUCCGGGAAGUCACAGGAGGCGCCGUCUCCAGUGAGAGAGCCGCCCCUGUUCCUGGGUACGACUUCUUGGUGAACUCGGUCUGGCCAGAAAUCGCACAGGGACUGGAAGAAAAGCUGCCCUCGCUCUUCAAUCCUGGGGACCCUGAUGCGUUCCACCAGAAGUACACCACCAGUAUGGAUUUUGUGAGGAGGUUUGAGCGGCAGUGUGGGUCGCAGGCCAGCGUGAAACGGCUGCGCGCACACCCUGCUUACCACAGCUUCAACAGCAAGUGGAACCUGCCUGUCUACUUCCAGAUACGCUUCAGAGAAGUGGCAGGAUCCUUGGAAGCAGCGCUCACAGACGGACUGGAGGAAGCGCCAGCUGGAAGUCCGUAUUGCCUCUUGGCUUCUCACAAAACGUGGAGCAGCCUGAAGAAGUGUUGGUCGGACGAGAUGUUCCUGCCCUUGCUGGCGCAUCGCCUCUGGAGACUCACUCUGCAGAUCGUGGCGCGAUUCUCCGUUUUUGCCAAUGAGCUUUCUCGCAGACCCAUUUCUAACGAAAGUGCCAAGGAGAUCAAAAAGCCUUUGGUAGCUGGUAGCAGAGACUCUUCUGCUUCCCAAGGAAGUAACGAAGACCAAGGAAGGGGACCUGCGGAGGAGAAGCCAGUGGUGUCCAUUUCCAGUACGCAGCUGGUGUAUGUGGUCGCAGACCUAGACAGGCUUCAGGAGCAGCUGCCAGAGCUCUUGGAGGCAGUUAAGCCCAAACUGCAAAUGAUUGGCUUUGAGAAUUUCUCUUCCAUCUCAGCGGCCCUGGAGGACUCCCGGAGCUCCUUGUCAGCCUGCAUGCCUGCCCUGAGCAGCAGGGUCAUCCAAGACCUGAGUGAGUCUUGCUUCAGUUACCUGAAAGGUGCCCUGGAGGUCCCCCGGCUUUAUCGAAGAACCAAUAAGGAGGUCCCCACCACAGCUUCCUCUUACAUGGAGAGUGCACUGAAGCCAUUUCACCAGCUCCAGAGUGGAUACAAGGACAAGCUCAGACCCUCACUGAUGCAGCAGUGGCUGGAAGGAGCACUCUCCGAGAGCACUCACAGAUACUGUGAGACCGUGUCAGAUGUGCUGAGCUCCGUGAGGAAGAUGGAGGCAAGUCUGAAAAGGCUGAAGCAAGCUAGGAGGACCGCUGCAGCCAGCCCUGUGGGCCCCAGUGGUGGUAUGAGCGAUGAUGACAAGAUCCGGCUGCAGCUGGCCUUGGACGUGGAGUACCUGGGCGAGCAGAUACAGAAGAUGGGCCUGCAGACAAGCAGCAUAAAGAGCUUCACAGCCCUUGCAGAGCUGGUGGCUGCUGCCAAGGACCAGGCGGCCACAGAGCAGCCCUAGUGUCCUAGCCGAGCCGGGCCGGGCCAGGCCAAGGAAAGAAAGCAGCUUUGUUCCUGGCGGGGAGGUGCAUCCAGCGUCACCCACAGCGCCUGUACCCGCCUCAGCCCAUUUGGGUCUCCUUUCACCCAAAAAGAGCAAAGGCCUUUUUCCAUUGUAUGGAACACCGUUUUUAAGACAUUUCAAACUUUUUACUAUAGUUUACAGAAGAAAUGAUUUUAUUUUUAUUGUAAAUCUUAGCGUGGAAGAGCUAAUUUCUAAAGCAGAGUUGGAGGUCAUGUGCAGGUGGGGAUAAAGCUGUGUCCCAGCCUGGCUUCACCAGCAGACACAGGGUCUCCUCUCAGGAAGCAGCCUGGCCUCCUGACGGGGACACAGCACUACUGCUCAUGUUGGUCUCCCAGACCUGUCAGGAGCCAGAGCCAGGAGGAAAAGGUGAUCCUAAAUAAAGGAGUCUGCCGUAGCUGCACCCGCCCAUCUUUAAUGAAUGACUCGCCCUGGGGUGGCACAGCUCCCUUGCAGCAUGCAGCUCCCUGGGCAUGGGAGCUCUGUCCCAGAAGCAGCAAAGGUGCCCUCCUGGCAGGCUGUGCGGGUUGGGGAGGGCUGGCCUAGUAGGGGGCAAGCGCCUGGCCAGCAGCUCCCAGUGGACCCCGUGUCCCCAGCUCCCUGUUCCACCUUUGUCACUAGCCUCAGAACAGAAGGUGGGGUGCAGCUUCUCAGCCCCCAGCCCCAGCAGUGUAGUCUCCAUCUCACAGGUGGGGAAGCAAAGUGGGUCACUACGUGGAGACCCAGCAAGUUGGUUCCCGACUGGCUUACCACCUGCUGGGCAGCCUGUCCUCCUGUGUCCGUGUCUGCAGAGGUGGGCCCACCAUGCCCUCUAGCCAAGGUUCAGGGUGGCCUUGCCUUGUGAAAUGACAGCCCUGUUGUCAGAGUGCCUGCCUCGGGGCUUAGGAAGGAGAAUCUUCAGGCAAAAAGCUGGGGGUUGCAGAGUGCUGGUCUGCAGCUCCCCCAAACAGCUCUCCUUUCUUUGUCGAGCAGAAUUUAAAAAUAAAAUGGUGCUUCCUGUUGUGAAA